AUGAACAGCACCCAGGUCCCGGUCGCUUACUUCAUCAUCCAGGGUCUGGACAGUCUGGGAGACAUACAGACCGCCCUGUUUGUCAUUUUCCUGGUGGCCUACAUCAUCAUCCUCGGAGGCAACAGCAUGAUCAUCUUCCUGGUGCGGACCGACCCUAAACUCAGCUCCCCCAUGUACUUCUUCCUGCACAACCUGUCCUUCGUGGACAUGGUCUACACCUCCAUAACCUUCCCCAGCUUGCUGUCGGGGUUCCUGACUGAAAACAAAACCAUCUCUGUCCCCGCCUGCUUCCUGCAGAUGUACUUCUACAUUCAGAUGGGCGUGACCGGCCGCGCUCUGUUGACCGUCAUGGCGUACGACCGCUACGUGGCGAUCUGCGACCCACUACGCUACACCGCCACCAUGACGAGCACCGUACGCGUCCUCCUCGUCCUCGGGGCGUGGACGUUUGCUGCCGGCUGCACCCUCCCCGCUGUGACCAUGGCAACCCAGAGGUUCUACUGCGGUCCCAACGUGGUGUUCCACUUGUGGUGCGACCCGUCGUCCGUCCGGGUGCUGGUGUGUGGAAACACGAGUGUGGACAGCCUUGUGUCUCUGAGUUCGGCCCUGGUGGCUCUGAUCGGGACUGGGGUGCUCAUCCUCGCGUCUUACGUCCUGAUCGGAGUGGCGGUGACCAGGAUGGCUGCCUCUCAGCGAUGGAAGGCGUUCACCACCUGUGCUGCUCACCUGACGGUGGUGCUCCUCUCCUACACCACAGCCUUCUUUGUCUACAUCUCCUACCGCGUGGGGAACUUCUCACCAGAGGUGCGAAUGAUUGUGGCCAUGAUUUACUCAGCUCUGACGCCUUUCCUGAACCCCAUCAUCUACAGCCUGAGGAACAAAGAGCUGAGAGAUGCUGUCAGGAGAUCCUUGUGCAGACUCAGAACUGUCACACCGAAGAGCAUCAGAACUGUCAACACCCUCUCCUGA